AUGGCUCGACUAACAAUCUUGGCUGGAUUGUCCCUUUUGAUGUGUCUUCAAAUGGUGUCUUCUACCAAACUGGUGUGCUACUUCACCAACUGGUCCCAGUAUAGACCAGGAGCCGGCAAAUAUCUGCCUGCCAACGUAGACCCCAACCUCUGCACACACCUGAUUUACGCCUUUUCUAUAAUCAGCCCUUCAAAUGAGCUGGCACCCUAUGAGUGGAACGAUGAUGUUCUCUACAAAUCCUUCAAUGAACUGAAAAACAGAAACCCCCAGCUGAAGACUCUGUUGGCUGUUGGUGGGUGGAACUUUGGAACUACACAAUUCACCAUUAUGGCUUCAUCCCCCGCCAACCGCCAGAAAUUCAUCCAGUCCUCUAUCAGAUUCUUAAGACUGCAUGGCUUUGAUGGGCUGGACCUGGACUGGGAGUACCCUGGAGCACGAGGAAGCCCACCAGAGGACAAGAAGAGGUUCACAGUGCUCUGCCAGGAAUUACUCGCUGCCUUUGAAAAAGAAGCUGCAGAGACCAAAAAACCAAGGUUGCUGCUCACAGCUGCAGUGGCUGCUGGGAAGGGAAACAUUGACAAUGGCUAUGAAAUCGCUGACGUGUCAAAGCUCCUAGACUUUAUAAAUGUCAUGACAUACGAUUUCCACGGAGCAUGGGACCCGUUCACCGGACACAACAGCCCUCUGUACAGCAGCUCUUAUGAUCAGGGCGACAAUAUCUACUACAACGUGGACUAUGCUAUGAAGUACUGGAAAAACCAAGGAGCUCCUCUUGAAAAGCUCAUAGUUGGUUUUGCCACAUAUGGACGCACAUUUCGCACAUCAGCAGCAACGAAUGGUGUCGGAGCACCAGCCAGCGGAGCAGCCUCUGCUGGGCCCUACACCCGCGAAGCUGGGUUUUGGUCCUACUACGAGAUUUGCACUUUCCUCCAAGGAAGCACUCUCCACUGGAUCGAUGAGCAAAUGGUGCCCUAUGCUGUUAAAGGCAAUGAGUGGGUUGGCUUUGAUAACAAGCAGAGCUUUGAAAUCAAGGCACAGUAUCUGACAGAAAACAAAUUUGGAGGAGCCUUCAUCUGGUCUCUGGAUCUGGAUGAUUUUACUGGACAGUUCUGUGGACAGGGAAACUAUCCCCUCAUUAGUUACCUGCGCUCUCUUCUGGAUUCAGAUUUUCCACCUCACCCUCCUGUAACCACACGUCCACCAGUGGUCACUACAAACGAUUCUGGCCCAACCAGCACCACGACAGCUACUACUGCUACUACCACUUCAACUACUGCCAAAACUACUACCACAACUGUUGUUUCUGGAAGUGGUUUCUGUGCUGGGAAAGCUGACGGCCUUUAUAAAAAUGACAAAGACAGCAACUCCUUUUAUCAGUGCUUCCAUGGAUACACAUAUCUCCAGAGAUGUCCAGUUAAUCUUGUUUUCAGUAGCAGAUGCAAGUGCUGUGACUGGUCUUAA